UGCUCGUGCGCUUCGGCGCGUGCGUGCGCGCGCCCGACCGACCGACCGAGUGUCGUCACGCGCUUUAACCCGGACGUGAAGAAGCGCAACAGAAAAAAAAAAAAUCCGAUACGGUCGAAGAAAAGAUUUUAAAAAAGGGGGUCCCUGAGAGGAAAAGCAGAACGGCCCACUACUGCGACACAGGGACAGAUAAACACACGGCCUCGACCUACGGGGAGAGAGUGACUGAGAGACACACACACUCACUCACCUGGCUCAGAAAUGGAUACACACCUGCCUCGCCAGAGGAGAAUUUAAUGGACUUUGAUCUGAUAUCGAAAGGGAAGAGAAAGCCAUAUCGAGUUCCAGUUCUGCCAGCAACGAACACCGCUCUGAGGCUACAGCAGGUACAGGCUCACCAUGGCUGGACAGUCGAGGACCUGUAUAUCAUGAUCCAUAUCACGUAUCAUAGAAAAGUCUUCCAAGUAUUGCGGUCCUGUAGCUGAGACAGUUCUCUCGGUGUCCCAUCACUGUUCUUCGAGACCUCUGUACCCCAGUGUGUACUCACUACUAUCAGCAGCUGAGGUGUUGCAGCUUGACACUUGUGAGAGAGUGUGAAGAAGUCCUCUCACUCAGAGAGAGUGUGUGUGUGUGUGUGUGUGUGUGUGUGUGUGUGGGUCUGUCAUCUGCUGGUAGGUGUCGUGCCCCUCAUCACCCCACACACUCAAAGCUGGCGAUGUCCAGGGUCCCGAGUCCGCCCCCUCCCGCUGAGAUGACCAGCGGCCCUGUGGCUGAGAGCUGGUGUUACACACAGAUCAAAGUAGUGAAGUUUUCCUACAUGUGGACCAUCAACAACUUCAGCUUCUGUCGGGAGGAGAUGGGUGAGGUGAUCAAAAGCUCCACCUUUUCAUCGGGAGCAAACGACAAACUCAAAUGGUGUUUGCGGGUGAAUCCGAAAGGCUUGGAUGAGGAGAGUAAAGACUACUUGUCCCUCUACUUGCUCCUGGUUUCCUGUCCCAAGAGCGAAGUGCGUGCGAAGUUCAAGUUCUCCAUCCUCAACGCUAAGGGCGAGGAGACCAAAGCCAUGGAGAGUCAGCGGGCCUACAGGUUCGUGCAAGGCAAAGACUGGGGUUUCAAGAAGUUCAUAAGGCGGGACUUCCUGCUGGAUGAGGCCAAUGGGCUACUACCUGACGACAAACUGACACUCUUCUGUGAGGUGAGUGUGGUGCAGGACUCGGUGAACAUCUCUGGACAGAACACGAUGAACAUGGUGAAGGUUCCGGACUGCAGACUGGCUGAUGAGCUGGGCGGGCUGUGGGAACAUUCACGCUUCACAGACUGCUCACUCUGCGUCGCUGGCCAGGAGUUUCAGGCUCACAAAGCCAUCCUAGCAGCUCGCUCUCCGGUUUUCAGCGCCAUGUUCGAGCAUGAAAUGGAGGAGAGCAAAAAGAACCGAGUGGAGAUUAACGACGUGGAGCCAGAAGUGUUUAAGGAGAUGAUGUGCUUUAUCUACACCGGCAAAGCACCCAACCUGGACAAGAUGGCCGACGACCUGCUUGCUGCCGCUGACAAGUAUGCCUUGGAGCGUUUAAAGGUGAUGUGUGAGGACGCUCUGUGUACCAGUCUGUCUGUGGAGAACGCUGCGGAGAUCCUGAUUCUGGCCGACCUGCACAGUGCCGAUCAGCUCAAAACACAAGCCGUCGACUUCAUCAACUACCAUGCGUCAGAUGUGAUGGAGACAUCCGGCUGGAAGUCCAUGGUGGCGUCUCACCCUCACCUGGUUGCAGAGGCUUACCGUUCCCUGGCGUCAGCACAGUGCCCCUUCCUGGGCCCACCCCGAAAGCGUCUCAAACAGUCAUAGUGCCCUUAGCUUAAACUCACCCAGCCCCCUUGCCAGGACUGCCCACACGGAGGCGCCAUUCUUAAAUUUACCCCAUAACUUCUAAAUAUACUCCCUGUAGGGACUCUAGCCAACCCUUGAUCCUGAGGUACUGUGUUCUGUAGCCUCCCUUCCUGUCCUCCUCAACGUCCUCAGCCCAAAAACCCAGGCGCAUCAGGGAACCUCCUGCAGAACGAUCAUCAAUAGAGGCAGUGCUGUACCCGAGGGUUCCUCCUAGCUCUGCUCCCUCCUCGAUGCCCCUACCCAACUGCCCAGCCUAACCAGGAUAAGUGCGUUUCAGUGGGAUCCUGGAGUCGACGGUGUCUACAGUUUGGAUGAACGGAUGGGCAAGAUGGACAGUGACUACAAAUACUGGACACAAGGAUUCUAACGGUGGACUGUGACUUUCUAUCGGUGGACUGUGACCCCACUGUCCCCUGCGAUGGAUUCUGCUUUACUGUGUGCGUCAUUUGUUCCCUUUCUCAGUGACGGGCGGAUUUUAGGAAGAGAAAAACAAACCCGGCUAUCGUCGGGGAACUGCAGCGCUUUCAAAUAGGUAGCUUGUCUCCUUAUGAUGACAUCAGCAUUUCGUUCCGAUGUUCACGUAGGUCAUGUGUCUCUUUUCGAUGACAUUUUCUCCUCAGUCUGUCGCGAGUGUAAGACCCUGAAGAAAGUGACUUUAACCGAACCUUUCUUGCUGCCGUUCUCUGACCCCGACUCCUGAUUGGCCAGUUGGAGAAUAAGAGGCACAGAUGGGACUUCCUGUACGUCUCCUGUGUAUUGGAGAGUGCGUGAUUGCACAGCUCGAUGGAAAAGGGUUGAAAGAAGGGGAGUAAUGUAAAUACAAGGUUCUAUUUCUUUUGAUGUUUUAUUUGAGAUUUUAUCCUCCUUGUAGCACUUCUGUAUUUAAACCCAGGCUUUCUGUAUGAAAACAAAAACUACAAAAAAAAAAGAUAAUAAACUUGGCUGUGCUCAUGUUUGUUCUUCCAUUGUUGUACUGCCAUGUUUACCCAUAUUUCUGCCUUUUUUGUCCCUUCAAGUGUAUUCUGAGAUUUAUGGAAAUAAGUCUAGCUGACAGUUAGCUGAAGGCUCUUUUCGCACGGGUCUCUGGGUGAAGAUAAAGCAGUUAUUCCUAGCUGUUUUGAUUGGGGAUUCAGAAAAAAUAAAACCUCCACAGUGAGAAUCACAGCACAAAAAUGAAAGCCACCUCUUCAAAGUAGGGAGCGUAAAUGACCUCUCUUUUCUUCUGCAGAGCUACAGAGUGAAAUAAUGAUGCACUUGUUCAGAUCCGGGGAAACAUCACUUCUUGUUAAAGUCUGUAUUUGACAAGCAAGAACACACACAGAGUUCCUGCUGUAGAUUUGCCUGCUGAGUGCUUUUGGAAGUGCGCUGUACUCUUGCUCAUCCUGUAUGCUAACGUUGGACGAAGCGGUUCCGCUACGCUCGUGAGCUUAACUAACUUUGGAGAAGUGCAAAGAACAAAGCUGAUGAAGGGACUACUGCUGCUGCUGCUGGUGGUGGUGGUGGUGGUGGAGAGGGGGUGGACUUGCAUACGCAGAUGCAGUAGGUUUCUAAAUAUGGAGCUGCGCUGACAAACACGUCCAAGAGACGACACGCAUGUGUGGCAGCUGGGGGAAAACCUGUUAUGGCGCCGAGGCAGAAUUCUGGCAAAGACCCAAAACAGAUGAAGAAUGUCUGGUGCCAGAGGAGGAGUUGUUUUUUCCCCCCUCUGAUUGCACAACAUGAAGCUGCAGUUUGUUGUCUGAUAAAUUUCAUGAGAGGGGGAAAAAAAAAGAGUAGUUAGUGAAGAAAUGUUUAUAGUGUUUAUAGCUGCUGUAGUGGAAGUGAUAACAGGAAGACAUGGGUUCAUCAACGGUUAAUGAAAAUGAGUUAUCUCCUCACCAUGGCACCUGUUAGUGGGUGGGAUAUAUUAGGCAACAAGUGAACAUUUUGUCCUCAAAGUGGAUGUGUUAGAAGCUAAAGGGCUAGAUUGUGAUGGCUAGAUGACUGGCUCAGAGCAUCUCCAAAACUGCAGCUCGUGUGGGGUGUUCCCAUUCUGCAGUGGUCAGUAUCUAUCAAAAGUGGUCCAAGGAAGGAACAGUGGUGAACCCGGCAGCCAAGGCUCACUGAGGAGCGAAGGCUGGCCCGUGUGAUCCGAUCCAGCAGACGAGCUACUGUUGCUCAAAUUGGUCAAGAAGUUAAUGCUGGUUCUGAUAGAAAGGUGUCAGAACACAGUGCAUGACGGGUCAGGGCUGUUUUGGCAGCAAAAAGGGGACCGACACCAAUAUUAGGCAGGUGGUCAUAAUGUUAUGCCUGGUCAGUGUAUACUGUAUGAAAUUUCCUCCGAUCACUACGUUCAAUAAAAGUGCCGUUAUCGUA